CAGGACCCCAAAUCUGUCCACCUCACCAAAACACCGUGAAUGGAGCAGUACCGUGCCUGGAGAAGACGGCUGCUCAUAUCCACCGUUCACCGCGGACCUGCUCGUGGACAUGGCCGCGCGGAUCUUCAGCCCUAGGAGCAGCAGUGCGCGUGGACAGCCGAGACAACGGAGCACAAAGCAGACGGCCGCCGCGCGGGCUCCUCUCCAGGCUUAGAGACCACCCUGAGCCCAUCUAACCUUCCUGUGGAACUCCAUAGCAUCAAAGACCUUUUUAUAAACCUGUAACCUGAAUAGAAAGUAUAAAAGGAUCAUCUUUGACUGAAAUACCGGAGGAAGAGCAUGAGUGAACAGAGCAUCUGCCAGGCCCGGGCCUCUGUCAUGGUCUACGAUGACGCCAGUAAGAAGUGGGUGCCCAUCAAGCCGGGCCAGCAGGGCUUCAGCCGCAUCAACAUCUACCACAACACUGCCAACAACACCUUCAGAGUGGUGGGGGUCAAGCUGCAGGAUCAGCAGGUGGUGAUAAACUACUCAAUUGUGAAGGGGCUGAAGUACAACCAGGCCACACCCACCUUUCAUCAGUGGAGAGAUGCGCGACAGGUCUAUGGCCUCAACUUUGCCAGUAAAGAGGAGGCCACCACCUUCUCCAACGCCAUGUUGUUUGCCCUCAACGUGCUCAGCUCCCCAGACAGCGGAGGUCCAAUUGUUCAGCGUCAGAAUGGACCAUCUUCAGAGGAGAACGAGGCACAAAGGAGGAUGAUGGAGCAGCACCAGAUGCAGCAGGCCCAUAAGGAGAGGGAGAGACGCACAUCAGGAUCGGGCCCCCCUGUCUCAGCCGGUCACCCCGCCAUGCUCUCUGUGGCACCUCCCACAGCAGUGCCAUCUCCAGCCCCACCUCCACCUCCGGGCCCUCCGCCCCCCAUGGCAGUGCCCCCUCCUAUGCCUCCACCUCUGCCCGCAGGUGGGGGCCCUCCUGGGGGGCCGGCUGGGCCUCCUCAGCCCUCAGGCCUAGCUGCAGCACUGGCAGGAGCCAAACUACGCAAAGUCCAAAGGGAUGAGAGCAGUCCGCCCGGCUCAGGGAAAGCUGACUCAAACCGCUCCAGUGGGGGCAGCGGCAGUGGAGGAGAGGGCCUGAUGCAGGAGAUGAAUGCCUUACUCGCACGCAGGAGGAAAGCUUCGGAGAAACCUGAUGAGGAUGACUCGAGUGGUCGGGGGCAGAACUCAACAGAUGCUGUGAAAAAGCCUUGGGAAAGAUCAAACUCUGCUGAGAAGUCCUCACUGGUAUCCAGAGUUAGACCCAUUGGUAGCACUAGUGAGUCAGACUCAGAUUUUGACCGUAUGAAGCAGGAAAUUUUGGAUGAAGUUGUUCGUGAGUUGCAUAAGGUUAAAGAUGAAAUUAUCCAUGCCAUCAGACAGGAAAUGGGCAGAAUCACUACGUCCUAAUGGAGCGUCUGAGGAGUGGAGAGGCAGGAGCGGCCGAUGGACUCACAGACACGAGGACCAAACAAUGUUCUCUCAAUGUUUCUGUGACCUCUCUGCCGCGGUGCACGUCGCAGAGAUGUUGUGCCAACAUUAGAGUCUGCUGGACAGAAACGGGACACAUGAUGGGCAGAAGAAUACAAUGCCAUGGGGGGACAUUUGGGCUGGAGCACUCGCAAUCAGCCCUGUGCAACUCUUUAUCUUCUGUUGAGUCCCACAAAGGAAUUUUUUUUUUUUUUUUUAAGUUUUUACCAUUUUAUUAUUUAAAAAUGUGGUGUUUAUUAUGAUACUGUUCAUGGCAAUGCGUGUUUUAUCAAUGAGUUUAAGAGGGCAAAAGGAAACUUGCACACCUUUUUGUCAGUCUUUUAUAUUUUGGACUGUUUUUUCGUUGUUGUUGAGGCCAUAAAUAUUUCACAAAGACAAGCACAAUAUGAGCAACAUGGAGCAGGACCCUCUAUGAUCCUCUGAAUGGAAGGGACCCUAAACCCACCCGGACAAUGUUCAUACUUCUCCUUUACCAAUGUUCUGUCUCCUUUAAUUUACUGAAAUAUGAACUGUAAUUGGCUAACAUCUUUUCCUGCACACAUAAUGGGAUCCUAAAAACUGAAAAUUUCAAGCAAUCUACUGAUCAACUCAAGUGCAAGAGUUUAUUUGAAUGUUCAAAAAUGGCUGGACUUUGGGAUAAUUUGCCAAAACAGGCCCAGAGUUGUAAAUGUGCCACCUGCUUUCACUGGCAUUAGAACAACAGUAUGUAAUUUCUGUCUGUCUCUGCUUUGUAAAUCCCCACGUAUGCAUGAAACCCUAGCUCUCAAUAUGUUUGUUUUCAUUUGAGAAAAGAAUGACAAGUUAGCAGACGGUGGUACAUUUAUUUUCAUGGUUUGUUUCUAGGAGGAUUCUCUGCUCUGGUUGUACGCAGGGGUCAUUGCUGCCUAUGGAUCAGAAUGUGUUUAGAAUUAUGUGAUAGAAGUGGAGAUGUGUUUGCAGGUGGACUUUGGUUGAAAAACUCUUCUUUCCACUCUUGUCAACUAUUUUUGGAUUUUAAACCUGGAAGCUCAAAACA